AUGAAAGAAACUACAACAACACCCAGAGGAAUAAGAUGGGGAAUAAUGGGUCGUCUUGAAAGCCUCGAAUAUGCCGACGACGUUGCCCUGCUGGCCCAAUCACAUAGUGACAUGCAGAGAAAAAUUAACCUUCUGAGUGAGAAAGCCAGAGUAGCUGGUCUACGAAUCAACAUAAAGAAAACGAAAUCACUCAGAAUUAAUAGUAGAAACAAUGAGCAGUUUAAGAUUAACGAAACGCCAAUCGAAGAUGUCACGAGGUUCAACUACCUUGGUAGUAUAAUUACUACAGAUGGGGGAGCUGAAGAAGACAUAAAUAAUAGAAUUGGAUUGGGUAGAGCAGCGUUUGGCCUUCAAAUAAAAAGAAGAAAAUGGCGAUGGAUAGGCCAUACCUUGCGGAGACCAUCUGAGGCAAUCGCUCGACAGGCUCUUGAGUGGAAUCCACAGGGUAAGCGUAGAGUGGGAAGACCUCGAACAACCUGGCGACGAACUGUGGAAAAAGAACCUGGGCACAGAUAA